AAUGAACUGUCUGUACAUGAUGAAUAUAUGGAUUCUGCGUUGGUUUCCAUUUCCAUUAAACAAGAAGAAAAUAUAAAGCAAGAAAAAUAUAAUUUGCCAUACAAGAUUGUAAAUUUGGAACAUAAUUCUCCUGAGAACAUUCAAAAUCCGCAAUUAACGCAAGAAGAAUUUGAAGAAACUACAAAUGAAGAAGUUAGUUGCCAAAGUGAUUCGAAUCUAAAGAAACAAUCUACCAACCAAACGUUUUACGAGUGUAAUAUAUGUACAAAGCUUUUUAGAUCAAAGAAUCUCUUUGAGGGUCAUUUAGUGGCGCAUAGUGACGCUCGACCCUAUCAAUGCGAUGUUUGCGGCAAAUCCUUCAAGAGAACCAAUACCUUGGCGGUGCACAGACGAAUCCACACUCACGAGAGAAACUUUGUGUGCGAUGUGUGCGGUCGCGCGUUCGUGCAAGCCUCUCAGCUGGCCACUCAUCACAAACGUCAUUUCGAGAAGUACACGAGGCACUGCGAGAUUUGUAACAAGGGAUUUUUCACAAAUGCCGAGCUCCACGGACACAUGAAUGUGAAACAUGGCGCUAAGGAGCACGUAUGUACCGCUUGCAACAAGUCAUUUCCCAACAAUCACACUUUGGUGCGUCACUUGAAGAUCCACGAUCCUAACUUCAAACCUGUGAAACAUCAAUGCGAAUUCUGCGGCAAGACAUUUGCCUACAAGAACUCGCUAGUGGUGCACGUUAAGUCGCACACUGGUGAAAAUAAAUACGAUUGUCACUUGUGUGGUAAAUCCGUGUCAUCUAAGGGAUCUCUUCAAGAUCAUCUACGUCUUCACGGCGGGGAAAAAUCGUUGAUUUGCGAUGUAUGCGGCAAGGCUUUUCACAAGAGAACAACGUUGGUCGUGCACAAGAGAACUCACACCGGCGAGAAGCCUUACUCGUGCGAUACCUGUGGAAAAUCCUUCACGCAACACUCGACCCUUGUUAUACAUAAACGAUAUCACACGGGUCAAAGACCAUAUCAGUGUAGUUAUUGUAGCAAAUCUUUUGUAUCUAAAGGAUUACUAAACGCUCACAAUAAAGUACAUAUGGUUAAUGUGAUGGUCAUGCAGCCAGCAUAGUCUUACGGUUUAAAUUUUCAUUUCUAUUGCACUAUAUCAAGUGUCUUGAGCUAGAAAUACCAUAGCAUAGUGAUAUUAUCAGACUUGUAUGGAUUCAAACACAUUUUGUGAAACAAAAUGAAGUGAUAUUAGUUGAUUUUCUUUAUUCUAAAGUCGUCGGGAUUGAGAAUUUUUUUUAUAACAUUUCUAAGAUUUUUUUCUCAAUUCUCGUGCUCUAUUAUUUUAAUGGUAUGUGCGCAAGAA